AUGACAUAUUCUACCGGUGCUUAUCCGUAUAGUUUAGUUGUUAGUGACUUUAAUAACGACACCCGAUUGGAUAUCGUCGUCGCUAAUUAUUAUGACAGCACUGUAAGCGUACUUCUCGGUUAUGGCAAUGGCUCUUUUGCAAAUCGAAUGGCAUAUUCAGCUGGUUUUACUCCAUACCAGGUAGCUGCUGGUGAUUUUAAUAACGAUACCCUGUUGGACAUUGUUGUCACUAAUUCUGAUAAGAACAACACUGUAAAUGUGCUUCUAGGAUAUGGUAAUGGCUCUUUUGCAAAUCGAGUAGAAUAUUCAACUGGCACCUAUCCAGGAUUUGUAGUUGUGGCUGAUUUUAACAAUGACACCUGUUUAGAUAUCGCCAUCACUAAUUUUCUUGACAACACUGUAAGUGUACUUCUCGGACAUGGUGAUGGCUCUUUUGCAAUGCAAAUGAUAUAUUUAACUGGCGACAAACCACUCGGUUUUGCUGCUGGGGAUUUCAAUAACGACACCCGACUAGAUAUUGUUGUAUGUAAUGCUGGAAAUAAUACCAUAGGCGUAUUUCUCGGAUAUGGUAAUGGUUCUUUUGCAAGUCAAAAGACAUAUUCAACCGGUGCUUAUCCAUUCACUUUAGCUGUUAGUGAUUUUAACAACGAUACCCGACCAGAUAUCGUCGUCACUAAUAAUUAUGAUGCUACUGUUAGUAUUCUGCUCCGUUAUGAUAGAGGAGCUAUGAAAAAUGAAAUUACAUUUACGUCCAGUACUGGUGCCCAUUUGAGAAGCGUUGCCGUUUCUGAUUUCAAUAACGAUAGUCUAUUGGAUAUCGUCGUUGCUAAUUAUGGUACUAAUAACCUAGGUGUCAGUCUUGGAUAUGGAAAUGGCAUAUUUGGAAAUGAAAUGAUAUUGUCAACGGGAUUAAAAUCUCAUCCUUACUCGAUUGCAAUUAAUGACUUCAAUAAAGAUGGUCAAGUGGAUAUUGCAGUGGUCAAUCGUGGUACUAAAAGUCUUAGUACAUUUCUGGGAAAGGAAAACGGAACGUUUGAAAGUCAAGUAAAUUAUACUACUAGUUUUGAUUUUGCUCCAUUGGCUGUUGCUGCUGGUGAUUUCAAUAGUGAUGGACGUUCGGAAAUUGUUGUUGCAUAUGAUGACAUUGAUAAUUUGGAUAUGUUUGUUAUGUAUGACACAGGAGAUUUUUCUCAUCGAACGACAUAUUCAACUGACCCUUGGCCAAACUGUAUAGCUUUUGGUGAUUUUAAUAACGAUACUCGCCUGGAUUUCGUUGUCACUACUACGUAUUACAAUAAUGUAGCGGUAUAUCUUGGAUAUGGUAAUGGCUCUUUCGCAAAACAAAUAACGUAUUUAGUUGGAAAUCGCCCUUACUCUGUAGCUGUUGGUGAUUUUAACAACGAUGCCCGAUCAGAUAUCGUCGUCACUAAUCAUAAUGACAACACUGUAAGUAUACUUCUUGGAUAUGGCAAUGGCUCGUUUGCAACACAAAAAACAUUUUCAGCUGGCUAUUAUCCAUAUUGUGUAGCGAUUGGUGAUUUUAAUAACGACAGUCGACCAGAUAUCGUCAUCGCUAAUUUGGAUAGCAGCAAUUCUGUAAGUCUAUUCCUAGGACAUGGCAAUGGCUCUUUUGCAAGUCAAGCAAAUUAUUCAACUGGUUCUCGGUCAUUCUCUGUAGUUGUUGGUGAUUUUAAUAACGACAGCCGACUGGAUAUCGUCGUCGCUAAUUUUGAUGACAAGUGUAUAAGUUUAUUUCUAGGAUAUGGUAAUGGCUCUUUUGCAAGACAAGUCAAAUACUCCACUGGCGCUGCACCAACAUCUGUAGCUGUCGGUGAUGUUAACAACGACAACCAACUGGAUAUCGUCGUCACGAAUCGUGAUGACAACACUGUAAGUGUACUUCUCGGAUAUGGUAAUGGCUCGUUUGAAAGUCAGAUGACAUAUGCAACCGGUAAUCGGCCACUUAUAGUAACAAUUGGUGAUUUAAAUAAUGAUACUCGACUGGAUAUUGUUACCAAUAAUUUUCGUGACAACACUGUAAGUGUGCUUCUAGGAUAUGGCAAUGGCUUUUUUGCAAAUCAAAUGACAUAUCCAAUUGGCACUACGCCAUUCCAUUUAGCUCUUGUUGAUGUGAAUAACGAUGGUCGACUGGAUAUUGUCUCUCCUAAUUACUACGGUGUAAGUGUAAAAGAGAUCCCAAACGAAAAAGAUCAACUUGAUCCAUCAUUAAAAUGA